AUGACCAUCUGGUUCGCGGACAGAGAAAAUCCUAGGAGUGGGCGGAAGACCCAGUUAACCUGGACGGUGCUGCCACAAGGAUUGAAGAACAGCCGCACUAUAUUCAGUAACCAGCUAGCAAAAGACCUCGAAUUGUGGGAAGCCCCAACCCCACCUGAAGAGGGAAGGCUGUUGCAAUAUGUAGACGACAUCCUGAUUGCCACCAAGACGAAAGAAACCUGUAUGGCUUGGACGGUAAGACUUUUAAUUUUUUGGGGACUUCAGGGCUACCGGGUGUCUAAAAAGAAGGCCCAAGUGGUGCAGAGUGAAGUGAUCUAUCUGGGCUACGAAAUCAGUGCUGGAAAGAGAACCUUAGGACAAGCUCAGAAAGAAGCAAUUUAUCAGACUUCGAGGUCACAGACAGUGAAAGAACUGCGAACGUUCCUGGGAAUGACUGGGUGGUGCAAACUAUGGAUUUAUAAUUAUAGAUUGCUUGUUAAUCCUUUAUAUGCACUAACCACCACUCAACAGAAAAAUCUCCAAUGGAAUAAGGAGGCUAUACGAACCUUUGACCUGUUAAAAAAGGCUCUGAUGUCAGCUCCAGCUUUGGGACUCCUAGAUGUAAGUAAACCAUUCUUUCUCUUUUCACAUGAGAAACGGGGAAUUGCAUUGGGAAUACUGGCACAAGACUUAGGCCCGUAUUGUCGGGCAGUCGCCUAUUUCUCCAAGCAACUAGAUACAACUGAUAAAGGUUGGCCUGGAUGCCUACGACCAGUUACAGCAGUGAUCCUAAAUAUACAGGAGGCACGAAAAUUCACUUUAGGCCAGAAAAUGACUGUAUUUGUAUCUCAUACAGUGUCUGCAGUAUUGGAAAUUAAAGGGGGACAUUGGCUUUCGCCCCAAAGGUUCUUAAAAUAUCAGGCGGAAUUAGUAGAACAAGAUGAUGUGGAGAUUGUAGUAACUAACAUUAUUAACCCAGCUUCUUUCCUGAGUGGAAACACAGGAGAACCAGUGCAACAUGAUUGCCUGGAGACCAUUGGGGCAACAUACUCAAGCCGCACAGAUCUGAAGGAUGCCCCUCUGGAAGAUGCUGAGAACUGGUUUACGGAUGGAAGCAGCUAUGUUUCGAGUGGCAAGAGGUAUGCUGGGUAUGCUGUUACUACCACCCAAGAAAUACUGGAAUCAGGACCACUGCCUGCGAAUACCUCUGCACAAAAGGCAGAGAUAAUCGCACUGACUCGUGCUUUAGGACUAGCCCAAGGCAAGACAGUGAAUAUUUACACAAAGUAUGCCUUUGGGGUAGUCCAUGCUCAUGGAGCAAUCUGGAGGGAAAGAGAACUGUUGAACUCACGAGGGAAACACAUCAAACAUGGGAAGGAAAUUCUGGAACUGCUAGAAGCUGUACAACUUCCAAGAAAGGUGGCAAUCGUGCAUGUUAAGGCCCACCAAAAGGUGAACUCGGAUUUGGAAAAAGGAAAUGUACUGGCAGACAGAGAGGCAAAACAAGCAGCCGAAAGAGAGGAGCCCAAAGAUUGGACUUGGAAUCACGCCCAGAAAAAUCAUGUCAUGAUGAUGAAGGAUGUGGACUCCACCGACAAAAACUGGAAUCCUUAA